GGAAUAUAUUUCUUCACGUCAUCAUCCUUGUCCUUGCCUAAACUUUUGGUACUAAAACCCGGUUCCGAUUCGUUACACCAUGUUACCGCCAUAUAAGAACUUCGAAAUCCAGAGACAAAACCCUGUCGAAGUAAAACAUCAAUAGAGCAAGCCCUCGUUGUUUGUCUUGUUCCAUUGCACAUAAAAAUAUGAGCUGAAGACCCAUGAAUGGAUCAUCCAUCACCAUGGAUCCUGAUCUACUCUCUUUGGCCCGUCUUCUCCAAUCAUGCCACAACCACCAUUCAUUUCGUCUAGGGAAGCAGCUCCACCUUUUCUUCUACAAAAAGGGUCUCCUGGGUUCCACUCUUUCGUUGGCCAACCGUCUCCUGCAGAUGUACUCGCGGUGUGGCAGGAUGACUGAUGUAGAGAAACUGUUUGAUGAGAUGCCUCAAAGAAACUGUUUUUCUUGGAACACCAUGAUUGAUGGCUACAUGAAACUAGGGCGUAGAGAGAAGUCAUUGGAAAUGCUUAACGUGAUGCCCCACAAAAAUGAUUUCUCGUGGAACACUGUCAUUUCCGGGUUUGCAAAAGCGGGUGAGUUGGAUAUUGCCAGGAAUAUGUUUAAUGAGAUGCCUAAGAGAGAUGCAGUUGCAUGGAAUAUAAUGAUUCAUAGUUAUGCUAGAAAUGGAUGUGCGGCAGAAGCUGUUGGCCUGUUUAAGGAAUUGAUUUCAAACCCUUUAGAAGUUUCUUGUGGUGAUACUUUUGUGUUUGCUUCUGUUAUUGGAGCUUGUACCAAUUUAGGUGCCCUCAAAUAUGGGAAGCAAAUUCAUGCACAUAUUUUGGUUACUCGAGUUGAGUUUGACUCAGUAUUAGGAAGUUCACUGAUUAAUUUCUAUGGAAAAUGUUGUGAUCUGGAUAGUGCAAGUCACAUUUUUGAUAGGAUGGCAUGCCCAGAUGAAUUUUCCCUUUCCGCAUUGAUUUCGGGAUAUGCAGUUUCUGGUAGAAUGAGUGAUGCAAGAAGAAUCUUUGAUAGAAAUAAUAAUACUUCUCUUGUGCUAUGGAAUUCAAUGAUUUCUGGACAUGUCUCAAACAAUGAGGAAAAAGAGGCAUUUGAACUCUUCAACGAGUUACGUAGAAAGGGAUUUCUGGGAGACUCCUCCAUGAUUGCAAGUUUAUUGAGUGCCUGUGGUAGCUUAGGCAACAUCAAUCACGGAAAACAAAUGCAUGACAUAUCUUGCAAAGCUGGGCUAGUUAAUGACGUUGUAAUUAGUAGUGCUCUUGUUGAUGCAUACUCCAAGUGUGGAAGCCCCAAUGACGCUUGUAAACUAUUUAGUGAACUCAAAUCCUAUGACACAAUCUUGCUAAACUCUAUGAUUACAGUGUAUUCCAAUUGUGGCAGAAUUGAGGAUGCAAAAACAAUAUUUGAGACAAUGCCGAGUAGAAGCUUGAUAUCAUGGAACUCAAUCAUUGGGGGUCUUAGUCAAAAUGGCUGUCCACGUGAAGCGUUAGAUCUUUUUAGCAAAAUGAAUGAGUUGAACUUGAGGAUGGACAGAUUCAGCCUGGCAGCUGUGAUCACUGCCACUGCUAGUAUAUCUUCGCUCGAAUUAGGUGAGCAGGUUUUUGCCAGGGCAACUGUUAUUGGGCUUGAUUCUGAUAAGGUUAUCUGUACCUCCCUCAUUGAUUUUUAUUGCAAGUGUGGUUUUGUUGAUAAUGGACGAAAGUUAUUUGACACUAUGAUUAAAUCUGAUGAAAUAUCUUGGAACUCACUGUUACUUGGGUAUGCCAACAAUGGUUAUGGAAGUGAAGCACUGACCCUAUUUAAUGACAUGAGGCAUGCUGGCGUGAAACCAACAGAUAUUACAUUUACUGGGGUCCUGUCUGCCUGCGAUCAUUGUGGAUUGGUCGAAGAGGGUUGGAAGUGGUUUAAUGCAAUGAAACAGGACUACAAUAUUGAUCCAAAAAUUGAACAUUACUCUUGCAUGGUUGAUCUUUUUGCUCGUUCUGGUUGCCUAGGGGAUGCAAUAAAUCUCAUUGAACAUAUGCCUUAUGAUGCAGAUGCAAGCAUGUGGUCAUCGGUGUUGAGAGGUUGUGUUGCUCAUGGAUGCAAGACUCUGGGGAAGAAAGUGGCAGAGCAGAUUAUUGAGCUUGAUCCUGAGAAUUCAGGUGCAUAUGUGCAGCUAUCUAGCCUAUUUGCUUCCUCUGGAGAUUGGGAAGGCUCAGCACUAGUAAGAAAGGUGAUGAGAGAGAGGCAAAUACAGAAGAAUCCCGGAUGCAGUUGGGCUGAUUGUUGAUCAAGGCAUCUUCAUUUUCUUCAUUUGCCACAUGAAGGUAGGAGAACAUGUUAUCCUCACAGCUUGUUGCUCACAGUUUGAAGCUCCAAAAUCAGAAGAAGUUUUCGGUCAAUCAAAAGAUAUCAUUUUGGACUAGGCUAGCAUGGUUUGAUGGUCUCUUAUGUCACCAGAAAAUGAUACCUGUUGAAAAACAUGCAAUGUUGAAGUAUCAUGGUUGAUGGUGUCCCUUGCCAUGGUCAGGAAAUAUACGACCUGUUGAAGUAUCAUGGCUUUCAGAUUCCAUGUUUAUCUUCUUCGAAUUAAAAACAAGCAGAAAGAUAAGAGAACCAUUUAAAUUGAAAAAUGUGAAUUGGAUAUCUCAAGCAGGGGACCUCAAAAAUUGUUCCAAGAAUGUAUUACUGACUUUGUCACAGCAGAGAAGUCCAUUCCUGCAUAGAAGGUUGGAGUGUGGAGGUCUUCGAGUAUUUUGGGAUGCGGAUAUCUAAGUUCCAAAACUAAAUUUAACCCUGAAAAUGGUUACUUCCAUUAAGAACAGAAGCCGCAGCUACACUGAUAUCUCUCAUCAUUCUUGCCCUGGGAUCUGCCAGUUUUGUUUUGUUGUUGGAAGUAGUUAUCUAGUCCUUGAUCUACCAUGUGAUGUUUUACGCCCAAGUAGAUAGGUUGUUCUACAUUCCCUUUUUGGUUGACAGAAAGCUAUUGAUUUUUACCUUGUUGAGCAGAACGGUUGAUAUCUAUUGUCAACUCACAAGAGAGAUCAAUAGGAAUUGCUGAACAGCAAGGCCUAAUGAUCCAAGUAAAUCUUACGCUUCCAUAUUGGCUUCUCAAAACAUUGUAGUUCCUCUUUAUCCUUUAUAUAAGAUGUACAAGGCAUUUGUUCUUCCUUCCCAUUAGUUUUUUAUUUAUUUAUAGUAGAUUAAGUGUAUUAUUACUGUGAUGAUUGA